AUGAAGUUUGAGAUUGUAUCCGUCGUUGCUUUUGCCCUUUCUGUGGCUGCUUUCCCUCCUUCCCCUGGCAAAGCUCAGGGAAGCCUUUCUAUCACCGAAGCCAAGGCCAAAUGCCCUGGUGGUGAGAUCGCAUGUUGCCAGAACUACGAAGACAUCGAAGGCGAUGGUGUCCUCGGCAACUUGUUGGCCAAGGGUCUAUUGAACAACCUUCUCGGUGUUGGUGACUCUGCCUGCGCCAAGACUACCCUCAUUGACAACCUCAACAUUCUUGGCUUUACAACAGAAGACGAUAACGGCGUUACAUGUGUCAGCACUACUGCUUGCUGCAGUGGAGAUAGCUGUGUUGCUAUCUAA